AUGGCUUCGAUUUCACUCUCUCAGCGCCCCAUCUCAGCGCUGACGGAACAGCUGAGCAAUGCGCAUACGUCGAAUCUCAGACAUAAUCAUUUGGCCGUACCUGCGCCUCUGCCUAAUCCGCCUUUCGUCUUCCCCGCUCGAGAACCGGAUGCCCCGUCCACGGCCAGGGAGGAUGAAUCGUCUGCUCCGCCCCCGCUGCCUGCCUUCUCGUUCAACCCGGGCAAUGGUCACGCUCCGACGGCAUCGACGUCUGCGAUGCCGGCGCAUGCACGCGCUGGCGGGCACCGUCGUCGGGCCACGGAGUUCAAUCCCGUUGGCGGUUCCGGCUUAGGGUCGAGUCCUCCAGGCAAAACGGACAACAGCACUGGCUCAACGACACUGCCCCUUCCAGGCCCCGGUCUCAGUGGUGCUGGACCAGGGAGACGUGGUCAUGCUCAUCGCCGCUCAGCAGCGGUCUCCAGCAUGGAUCUGACUGCCAUCACCAAGGCCUUUCCGGGCAUGCCCCUCGUGGGCAGUGCUCCCUCGACCCCGGCCGACAUGAAGCAACAGCACGACCUGUGUGAUGAAAUGGCCCGGCCAACAUCCUGUUCUGUCCCCAGCCCGCGUCAGUCGACCCCUCCGGCUUCUCCUGCCAAGGUAGAAGAGCAGUCGGGGUCGACUGAGAAACUUGAGUCUGCGGAGAGGCCCACCGCUGCUCCACGCCCCCUGUCAACCAUUUCCGCAGAGACCUCCAGCAGCCUAACGACGAUUCGACCGACUCAAACUGUCAUCAGUGACGCUUCCAUAUCCACGACAAAGAACUCUCCCAACCAGCCGCUCAGACCGAGACCGAAGACGGCAGACUCCUCUCUGGCCUUGUUUCAGUUUGGGGCUGGCGGAUCUUCGGAAAAUGCAUGGAGACGCCCUGUAUCAGCCGCUGCUCCACCGUCCCGCCGUGCGUCAUUCUCAGAUAUCCAGUCUCCGAACCUGGAGAGGGACAACUGGGAUGCUGCCAAUGAGGGGGCCGGUUCCUCCCGGGCUUCUUCAGACAGCGACUCAUCCGACACUACCGUGGAGGACGAAUCCAAGUCCAAGCACAAAUCUCACCUCCGCAGCAAGGCUCAGAAACGGCAGAAAAAGGUGCGGUCGUGGGCUGGCGCCAUUCUCACCAGGGGCAAGGGCAAGAAACAUCACUCAAAGAAAUCACCCACCACCAAGUCACCUCCCCCGCGGCCCAUCCUCAUUCGGACAAACUCAGAGGUCGGAUCAUUGGCCGAAGUCGACUUUGAUGAAGAUAACACUGUCAUUAUCAGGACCCCUACUAAUCCUACCUCUCCUCGACCGCCUCUUCCUCCCUUGAACACUGAUGCCUCGUCGCUGGAGAGUGCAUGGAAACCGAAGAGCUUCUACGAACAAAAUGUAGACAAUGACAUGUUUAGCCCGGUUAUCGACCUGGAUGCCGCUCUGGGUCCGUUCAACACCCCGGAGAUGAGCUCUGACCGUGUUGCUGGUAGUUCCUUCUCGGUUGCUACCAGGCGCAUGUACAGUGGUGGUCGACGCGGCGAGUUUGUUGGACCUGAGAUGCGCUAUCAUCGACGUGCAGAAAGCGCCCCUGAGAUGCCUCCAUUUGACCGAAGUUUCUUGGCUACUGCUCGCUUGGCUGGUGCUAAUCCUGCCAUGCCAGUUCCAGACGUGUUCUACGAAGAAGAAGAGGAUGCCUUCCUUGCUGGCAACCAAUCUCCAGGAGGAGAGCAGGUGCCAGCUCUUAAGGAAGUUGGUCAGUCUGAUGUGGCUGAAAAGCCCGCCGACGAGUCCUCUAGCAACGAUACUUCAGCUACCGUCACGCCAGUCGCAGCAGAUAGCAGCACAUCCGUUCACGACCAAGGCUUGGGGAUUCGGCUUUCGGUGCCAAAUGAUGUCUUAUCCUCUCACUCCACUUCCUCACGCCCGAGAGACGACUUUGAGACCCGAGAUGAGAGUGUAAAAGCUCAGGAUGAUGUGACUAUGUCAUCGCCCUUCGCCCGGAAAUCUUCGGUUGAGAUCGUUCCCCAUGACGCUUAUCACCGCAAGUUUGAUAGUCCGGAUGUGUCUCCUCGUUUUGUCCCGGCUGAUAAGCGGCCUGACACCUCGUCCGCUGACUUGGCGUUUAACAUCCCUCAUCUGUCACUACCAGGAGACGCUCGAGUGAAUUCAGCUUUUCCCUCUCCCGAUCCGUCUGAAGCUCCCCGUUCCGCAACCGCCUCGUCGAUGACCGACCGCAAUAUAUCCCAUUCGCUGUACAGUAACGAUCCUCAAGUCGAAUACCCGCAUGGCUCGGUCGAGGAUGUCCCAUCCUUGACUAGCAGCACGUCUACGAUGACCAGCAACCUGCCGCGGUUUUCUACCACCUUCAAUUUCCGCCCUGGAGGCGAACGCGCAGCGUCUUACUCUGCUCCUGUGCCCCGUCGCACCAGCCGUUCCAACGCCACGAAACGGUCAAGCCUGGCCAGCCUUUCGAAGCUGGUCGUCGGUUCGCACGGGGAGAAGAGCAAGCUCAGUUACGAAAUGAAGGCGUCUGGUGAUGAAACCGAGAAGCUGAAAAAGAAAGGUCAUAGGAUCAGCCGGCUGAUGCAUUUCUGGAAAAUCAGAGAAAAGGAUAAGCACAGGACAAAUGGAGAUUAG